AUGUUUGACAUUCUGUCCUUUGAUGUGGACCCAGAAACUGGUUUUCUUCCACCUCAGCUCCCACUAGAGCGGUUGCCGCAAGCGUACUAUGCACCAUGGGAAAACCUUGUCAAUAAUCUUCCCGCUUUACUUCUUGCUAGCCGUGUCCGGCCGCUUGUGGAUAAGUUGCCUGCUCUUUCAACAGAACAAUUGUCCUCGCCUCCGGAAUACAGAAGAGCCUACAUGGUGCUCGGAUUUUUGGCCCACGCCUAUGUGUGGGGAACCAACGAACCGGUAAGUCGCCUUCCAGAGAACUUGGCUCGGCCGUUGGUCGAAGUAAGUGAUGUUUUGGGUCUUCCGCCUCUAGCCACAUACGCCGGGUUGUGUCUAUGGAACUUCAAGGAAAUCAUUCCAACAACCACGAACACCAAGGAUGUCGAGUUUGACAACCUUACGACCAUUAAUACUUUCACAGGCUCUAUUGACGAGCAGUGGUUUUUCCUUGUGAGCGUAUUCUUUGAGGCUCGUGGUGCUCGUGCUGUCCGGGCAGGCAUGGAUGCCAUUAAACAUGCCCAAAAUAAGGACAGUGCCCGUCUUAUUGCUUCGUUGCAGCAGUUGGCGCAAGUCAUUGACCAUUUGGGCUCGGUGAUGAUGCGCAUGGAGGAAAUGUGUGACCCCCAUGUGUUUUAUUUCCGUCUCCGGCCAUACUUGGCUGGAUGGAAAAAUAUGGCCGACGUAGGCUUGGACAAGAACGGUGUGAUUUACGGGAAUGAAGAAAAGCCACGGGCGUACGCGGGAGGCUCGAAUGCACAGUCGCUGUUGAUCCAGUUCUUAGACUCUGUUCUUAGUGUUCACCACUAUGCUACUGGCGAGCGUCCAGCACCACAUCAAAAGGUGGAAACAUCAGAGAAGCCCGAGAGCGCCUAUCUUCGCGAGAUGAGAAACUACAUGCCAGGCUCACAUCGGGAGUUUUUGGCCAUGGUGGACAGAGAGUCGUGUAUACGAGAAUACGUGAUGGCCAACCGGGAAAAUGCAGAGCUUACUCUCAGUUACGACGCAUGCUUGGCCAUGCUUAAACUGUUCCGCGACAAGCACAUCCAAAUUGUCACACGGUACGUGGUUUUACAAGCCAAACAGGCGCCAAAGAUGGGGUCUCUGCUGACUUUGCGGUCGGGACUUGCCAAGAAGAAGCGCGCAGGUACCGAAGAAAAGGGCACAGGCGGAACAUCAUUACUUCCAUUCUUGAAACAAUGCAGAGACGAGACUGGUGACCCUGCCGCUGGCAGCUGGGGUAAGAGACUUUUAAGCGAUGGUGUGAUGCGGUUGAAUUACUCAAAGGCAAAUGCAAUCAACGAGGACUGA